GUUCAAUGCUAUGUAUGCGAGGAAUGUAUGGAAAGUGUGAAGAAAUGCAACAUUUUAUGUCUCAUUUGAAUUCAUUUCGGGUUUUAUUUAUAUUUUAAACACAUUUUCAUAUUAUUUGUUAUAUUUUACGUUAAAUAUCUAUAUUAUACUAAAGUUAUGGCUAUUAUCUGCAAAAAUCUAGUCUUUAUUGUGAUUAUUUUCGUUAACUAUAUUUGUUGUGAAGAGUUGUCCCCAAAGGGUGUCCAAUGUCUUGAUGACCAAAACGAGCAAAUUUUAGACACAUCCAGACAUCGAAGACAUUUGAAUUCAGUCGCCGAAGACAAGCCUAAAGAGUCGUUGAGUGAACCCCAUGUGUCGGCCAAUGAAUCCAUGUCUAAGACAACGGUUUUGUGGCCAAACAGCACGGAUACGACAAACACGAGCGCAGCAGACAAUGGGACACAAACCCCGUCGACCACCACAUCCACUGCACCUCAAGACCCCAUUCUUCCACAGAAAGGAGCCGCAGAGGAGGAGAAGCACUCAUCGAUGGCUAUAUUCUUUGUGCUGACAGUCAUCGCUUCGUGUAUAGUAUUAAUACAUUUCAUAAUCCAAACUAAAUUCCAAUACAUCCCGGAAUCGUUGGCCGUUGUAUUUCUUGGGGCAACCAUUGGUCUGAUUAUGAAAUUAAUAUCAAACCAACAUUUGGGAGACUGGAAGAAAGAGGAGUCUCUGAACCCAACCAUGUUUUUCCUGAUCCUAUUGCCGCCCAUUAUCUACGAGUCGGGCUAUAACUUACAUAAAGGAAACUUCUUCCAGAAUAUCGGCUCUAUUCUGGUCUUUGCAAUCGUUGGCACCUCCAUCUCGGCCUUCAUUAUCGGUGGAGGGGUUUAUGUGUUGGUUGAUCCGGUGGCCACUCUCGCCAUUUUCAAUGCCUUAGACAUCGAUCCCAUUCUAAAUAUGUUAGUCUUUGGUGAAAGUAUUCUCAACGAUGCGGUCGCUAUAGUCCUGUCCACCACUGCACUCGAACUCUCACAGACUGUUUCAUCCGUUUCCGGUGGAGUCGCUGUUAUUAACGGGUUUGUUAGGUUUGGAAUUGUAUUUUUUGGUUCAGCCGGAAUCGGCGCCGCAUUUGCAUUGAUCGCGGCUCUGGUCUUUAAAUACAUUGAUUUGCGAAAACAUCCUUCCCUUGAGUUUGGGAUGAUGUUAGUGUUCAUAUACGCGCCGUACGGCUUGGCUGAGGGCUUGCAUUUGUCGGGAAUUAUGGCCAUUCUGUUCAAUGGGGUGGUUAUGUCUCAUUACGCACAUUUCAAUCUGUCCCCGGUCACUCAGAUCACAAUGCAACAGACACUCAGAACACUCGCAUUCAUAGCCGAGACCUGUGUGUUUGCAUACCUGGGUUUAGCCAUCUUUAGCUUCAAAAUGAACUUCAAAAUCGAAUUAAUCAUAUGGACUAUCAUAUUAUGUCUGGCGGGUCGGGCGCUAAACAUAUACCCGCUUUCAUAUGCAGUCAAUUACUUCCGAGUACACAAAAUCUCGAAAAAGAUGAUGUUUGUCAUGUGGUUCAGUGGUCUGAGAGGGGCUAUUGCUUAUGCAUUAGCACUGCAUUUAGAGUUUGAUACCGAGAAACGAGAAGUGGUCGUCACAACCACAUUGAUUAUCGUAUUAUUUACUAUAAUAGUAAUGGGAAUGACAUCAAUGCCGGUCAUGAAGUAUAUGAAAGCCGACAAAAAAGUGAGAGGAAGGAGAAGAAGCGGUUCCAACCGGAGAACGAGAGGGUCAUUGAGUUUAAGCAAAACCAAAGAAAUGGGUCAGGCCAUAGAAGCCGAACACUUGUCUGAAUUAACUGAAGAGGAAUAUGAAGUGAAUUUCUUGAAUAAGUCGAAUGUCACCGGUUUUGUUAGGUUUGAUGCCAAAUAUAUGAUGCCUUUCUUUACGCGAAGAUUCACUGAACAAGAAGUGAAGGACUGUAAGUCGCAAAUGACUGAUCUGACCAAUAGGUGGUAUCAAACGGUUAGGCGUCCUUCAGAUACUGAAGAGUCUGAAGAAUUCAAUAUCGAGAGUCCGGAACUGUUUAAAACAUAAGAUGUCAUACUUUUGGUCGUUUCGUACAAACAAAC